UAGGCUGUUGUAAAAAAGUAGUGCCUAAGCGGGUUUCACCUAAGGUCUUACUACUACUAAGAAAAGGUGGUUACUUGGUUCGUGUAUUGUGUGCGUGUUCGUUUGGCUUUGGAAAUUGUCAAUUACCCUCCUAAACUCUUGUAAAAUGCUGGCCUUCACUACUGCUGACUGACAGAAACUCAAUCCAUUGAACAUUACUGACCUAAGAGUAUUUUAUCACAUUAAACACUAAUAUUGAAAAAAAAAGCAGAGUGGAAUUGACUGAAAAUGGGAGAAGAAAGAGAUUUCGAUCGAGACAAAGACCGAGACAGAAGAAGAAGUGAUCGUAAAAGGAGUCGUUCCCGCAGCAAAGACAGGCGAAGAAAGUCCCGAUCUAGAUCUCGUGAUAAGGGCAACAGUUUUGGUGUAGACAAGAAGAAAUUCAGACGAAGAAAACAAUCUUUGUACUGGGAUGUGCCACCAGCUGGAUUUGAACAUAUCACACCUCUUCAGUAUAAAGCCAUGCAAGCUGCAGGACAGAUUCCAGCAACUCUUGUAGCAGCACCAGGGAUGGCACCAGUGCCCGUUGUAGGGAGCACCAUCACAAGGCAAGCUCGCCGACUCUAUGUAGGGAACAUUCCAUUUGGAUGCUCUGAGGAAGAAAUGAUGGAUUAUUUCAACAGCCAGAUGCAUGCAUGUCAUUUCUCACAGGCCCAAGGAAAUCCUGUCCUUGCAUGUCAGAUCAAUCUAGAUAAAAACUUUGCUUUCCUCGAAUUUCGUUCUAUUGAUGAGACCACACAAGCAAUGGCAUUUGAUGGAAUUAAUUUUAAAGGUCAGAGUUUGAAGAUCCGUCGACCUCAUGAUUACCAGCCAAUGCCUGGAAUGUCUGAACAGCCUAAUAGUGCUGUUGCAGGUACUAUGCUGAGCGUCGUGUCAACUGUAGUACAAGACUCCCCACAUAAGAUUUUUGUUGGUGGUCUGCCCUCUUAUUUGAAUGAAGACCAGGUGAAAGAAUUACUAAUGUCUUUUGGUCAGCUGAGAGCUUUCAAUCUGGUAAAGGACAGUGCAACAGGACUUUCUAAAGGUUAUGCAUUCUGUGAAUAUUUUGAUAUAAAUCUCACUGAUCAGGCUAUAGCUGGAUUGAAUGGCAUGCAGUUAGGAGACAAGAAACUAAUUGUACAGAGAGCCAGUGUAGGAGCUAGGAACAGUACUAUGGCAGCUCCAGUGCAGAUCCAAGUACCUGGUCUUCAACUUUCUGGUGGGGCAGGUCCUCCAACUGAGGUGUUGUGUCUUAUGAACAUGGUAACUCCUGAUGAACUCAAAGACGAAGAAGAGUAUGAGGAUAUUUUGGACGAUAUUAGAGAAGAAUGUAACAAGUACGGAGUGGUUAAGAGUCUUGAAAUUCCUCGUCCUAUUGAAGGUGUGGAUGUGCCUGGUUGUGGUAAGGUUUUUGUGGAGUUCAACUCUGUUAUCGACUGUCAGAAAGCUCAACAAAAUCUUACAGGAAGAAAGUUCGCCAACAGAGUUGUUGUUACAUCCUACUUUGAUCCUGACAAGUACCACAGACGGGAGUUUUAAAUUUACCAGACAGAAAGACCAAUAGCAUUUCAUAAUAACAGCAUCACAAUUCGUUUAGCAAAGAGCAGAUUAUUUUAUUAGCCUUCAUAUUGGUUUUGGAGAAGCUUACAUGAUAUUCUCUUCUUGUUUCACUUGUGUCAUUGUUUGAUAUUCCUAAACAUGUUUGAAAUGUAACUUUAGAAAGCUUUAUAUUUGAGUCAUCAGACAACUAUAAAAAAACAAAAUUCUCACUUUAUACCAGAAAAUAAUGAUUUGAGUUCAGUAAAUGUUUUUUACAUAUAAAUCUGCUGUUGAUUUCGUUCCCCUCUCAGAAAGUCUUAUUGUUCUAAUGUAAGUUUAUUUUAAUUCAGAUUUUUGUUCGUGAAGUCUUUGUAUAAAACAUGAAUCUUGAGCUUUCCCUGUUUUUUUUUCAUAUUACAACCUUAACGAACUGCAGGGCUAAGUGUGAGUUUAUGAUAAAUUCAUUAAUAUCAUGAAAUUUUCGAAAAAACCUCCAGUGCUAAUAUUGGAUAUAAGAACUGUUUGAAAAGAAAGAUGAAUAAAUAAAUUUACUAAUUACUAAAAAUUAAAUCAGUUACAGUAUUUGCUGUUAAAAGAUGUCAGUUCCCUCUGUUUUUAUUUCCUUCUUUAAAAAAUAAAUAAUUUUUUUGAUCAUUAGAAAGAGUAUCAUAAAAUUCUUGUUUAAUUUUUAUAAUAGGAGACAAAAGAAGGGUUUUUUAAAGUAAUUAUAGUUUCACCCAAAAUGUUUUUGUUUUCAGGUCUGCUUAACUUAGAUUUCAUAAAUUCAUAGCUGUUACCUUCUGUGUCUUCUGGUGCCCUUUGGGCAAUGUCACCAAACUCAGAAAGAACGUUGUGAAAGUGUGUGUGCAUUUGUGUUUCAGUGAACUUGUGUUUGAAAGGUUUUAGUUAUGUUACCCUAUGUAGCUGAGAUUCAGUUGGCUGACCAUGUUUCUGCUGUGGGAAAUAAACACACCUAAUUUCUUCUCUUUCUUGUA